AGACAAAUUCACUUUAUCCUUGAGGGGUAUUCCGUUUCCAAAACCAUCAGAGUCAGCUAGCUUGUACGUAACCCUGUAUUCCGUAUGUGGAUAUAAAUUGAUGCUACAGCCAGAUAGCAGUCGUUGAAUUGUGCAUUUGUAAAGUCGAAUUUAUGGCACUUAACUUCAUAGUAAGCUUUUAAUUGUAGACGUAGAGGUAGCCCUACACUGACGUCAUCACUGGCACCUGUGUGAGCAAGUGUUUAUCUUAACCUUCAUGUUGUCAUCAGGACCUGACCAAAAAACGUUAGCCCUGUUGUACGGAAAAUGGUGUCGUGGAUCAUUUCGAGAGCAGUCGUGCUUCUCUUUGGAACGCUGUACCCUGCAUACUACUCUUACAAAGCGGUCAAAUCCAAGAACAUUAAAGAAUAUGUGCGUUGGAUGAUGUACUGGAUUGUCUUUGCUCUUUACACAGUGGUGGAGGCCAUCACAGACCUCUCCCUAUCCUGGUUUCCUCUGUAUUACGAGCUGAAAAUCGCCUUUGUGGUGUGGCUGCUGUCUCCAUACACCCGAGGGGCCAGUCUGAUCUACAAGAAGUUCCUGCAUCCUCUUCUGUCUUCGAGAGAACGGGAAAUUGAUGACUACAUCGUUCAGGCCAAGAAGCACAGCUAUGAGACCAUGGUGAACUUCGGCAAGCAGGGUCUGAGCAUAGCUGCCACUGCAGCAGUCACUGCAGCCGUCAAGGGCCAAGGUGCCAUUUCUGACCGUCUGAAGAGCCUGAGCAUGCAUGACCUCACUCAGAUUCCAGCCAAUGACACGACCGACCAGCCUUACCCAGCAUUCUCCAAUCCUGGGAGAAGGGCACAGAAUCCCUCCUUUGACGGCUCUGAGUACUACGCUUAUGACCAGGAGGUGGAGUCCAGGGCUGGUGACGACGCGGAUGGGACCUUCUCUGAAGACGAGGCCGUCUCUCAGCGGGGCGUCAGGAGGUCCCAGAGUGUGAAGACACGCUCUAGGGUGCGCAAAGAGGCUCGCUAUGGAUCUCUGAAGUUGAAGCCAAAGCGGCGACCAGCACUGAACCCUAUGACCUAUGAACCCUGAACUCUGCAGAACUCGGGACCGGACCACCGGUUUGGGCGCAGUAUUUUUAAGAUGGAAUGGUCUGUAAGAUGUCGGUGAGAUGUUUCUGGGUCCUGUUUGUUUCAAAGCAGAACGAGGAAGUUGAAUGAAAUGCCAGUAACACUGUGCUUUUAAAAAAAAAUCAUGAAACGCUUCAGAUCAUGUGCUAAUGAGUGCAUAACAUAUGUGCAUUUCACUACAGAAAUGUUUAUGGUUUAAAAAAAAAGAUUUAUAAUCUUCUCUAAUUUUAGCCUAUUGCCUAAAAUAUUUUUUACACACUUGAGAAAACACUCCAAAAAUGAGUAACCCAAAGUGUCCUUCACUCCUUUUUGGAAAAGAAGCACUAGGAUGUAAAUAUACAAUAAGGUCAUUUCAUUUGUUUUAUAUAUAUAGGAUAAUAUGGUUCUGUUGCAAGAAAAUGUCUUGCGGUUUAAUGACCACAUUUACAAAACCAGCAGGACAGGUUUUUUCUCCAUUUGUUUUUUGCACAUUGUAUGGUUUUAAUGUGACUAUGUUGUAUUUUCAAUUCAACUGUCAUCUUAGUGGAAUUUAUUCAUUUUUGUGAAUGAUAACCUUGAGUGAAAGACCAAAGACCAAAGUUCACAUCUGUCUUACAGAAGCUUGGCUUAUUUAGUGGAAACUACGAAUAUGUGUGGAAUCUGUUUGUGUUGUAUUCUUUGUAAAAGUAAUAUUCACCAAUAAAUUUGGAUAUGUGCUUAAUCUGUG